ACAAUUUGUAAUUACUGUGUUUUGCAAUUGUUUUUUUUACUGGGCAAAAAAUAUUUUUUGGGUUGACAUUCCCUUUAUAUAUGUGGCUGUUCAGUGUGGGUCUGCUCUGGGGACUGUAUGACAAUAACUCUUUAAAGUUAAAUGUACAUUACCUGAUCCUCUUAUUUCUCAAGGCUACUUAACAACGGAAUCUGGUCCACCAUUGGGCUAAUCCACUCAAUGGUCCGGGGCUACCGAUUAGAUUAUGUAGAGGGGCCUAUAGGCCUGUUGUAUGAGGAAUGCAUCAAUAGGCUGAAUUGGUCCUAAUCAGAUAAGAAAAUCAAAUCUGCCAGAUUGAUAUGUGGACAAUUUUUGGCCAAAUAUCAGUUGGGCAGGCCCAUUGGUUGGCCCCAUACACUAUGGAAGGACAGAGUUGCAGCCCAUGUAUUGCAACAUCCAUCUUCUUUUCUCUGUGUUUGGUAAUGUAAAUGCGAUAUUGCUAUCUAUUGUAAAAGUUGUUUAAAUAGUUAGCUAUUGUUAGUUAAUGUUUUUUAUUUAUUUUUUUAAAUGUACUUUCCAGUGCGGUGUUUUUAUAUGCUGUUGUUGAGCAGAUGGUGACAGGUGGAGCAGAAAGCUACCAGUAAAUUGGAUUAAAAAGAAUUAGAAGAAAUGAGUGUUUAGCAAUUGCCAGUUCAUUGUCAGCUUCGGAAUGAUAAACCAGCAGCUCGUGUUAUCCUCAUGAAUUUUGUUUCUUUACACAAUGGAUAUUUUUAGUGGGCACAUUCUACUCAACAAGUAUGGCGAGAGAGUUGAUCCGGAAGAGGCCUUGCAGAAUAAAAUCGUUGGGUUAUAUUUCUCAGCUAGUUGGUGCUCACCAUGCAGAGAUUUUACUCCAAUCCUUUGUGACUUUUACACAGAGUUGGUGGAGGAAUCUGAACCACCUGCUCAGUUUGAAAUAGUAUUUAUUUCCUCAGAUAAAAGUCCAGAAGAAAUGGUGGAUUACAUGCAUGAUAUGCAAGGAGAUUGGCUGGCUUUGCCAUUUCAUGACCCAUACAAACAAUUUUGGCCUAAACUCAGCACAAACCAAGAUAUCUUCAAAUUGAGAUUGGUGCCUCUCCCAUUGACUUAUACAGGACCUUGACAGGUGAUAAAAGAAUGUUGUAAACAAUUUGUCAAAACAGUGAACUAAAGAACAAGUACAAGAUAACCGCCAUACCUAAACUGGUCAUAGUGAAGCAAAAUGGAGAUGUCAUUACCGACAAAGGUC